CAUACACUGCAAAAACCAGGGUGUUAAAUAUUCAACACCAGCAUGGAAUAGAAAAAUAUCAACACCCUUGGUGUUCAUUUCAUGUCCGAUUGGCGAAAAAUAACACCAACGGUGUGAAAAUAUUCAAUUACAGGCUGAUGGUGUCAUAUUUGGUGUUAUAAAAUCGCACAUGCGCAUAAGCUAGAGAAUUCGACGAAAAUCAUUGGACGAAAGUUGUCAUAUGAUCCGAUAUGCGCCUCUGCAGCUGCGCGCGCACAGCUAGACGAGAGCAUGUGGCUAGAGAAUUUCACUGGCACUGACUUGAAGUCUUGAUUCUGGAGUAGUAAUUCUUCAAAUUAGGCCUAGAUUCUAGAUGUGAAGUGAUCGAAGUGCAUGCAACCAUGCCAUUAAGCGUCAGGGUCUGUUCAGCGGAUCGAAGUAUUAGAAAAUACCUGCCUAUAGAUCCAGAAGACACAGUAGGAUUCUUUGAACUCAUCAGAAGAAAAUUCCACAUAAGGGAUGGGGAAGAUCUCGUACUUGUGGAUGAACAAGAAGGGUUUGGUAUAGACGAUGACGUACUAGGAGAUGUGGUGACCAGCAAUCCCACAGUCAGCCUCAUGGUGCUAAAAGAAGAUGAAGAAUGGUCUGGUUCAGAUGUACAUAGCAUCACAAGUGCAGACACUAUCAAGGUGGAUACCAGCUCCUCUUCCCUGAGUAGCUCAGAAUCUGAUUCAAGUUUUUGCUCCAGUAGAAAGAGGCCACGAUUAAAUGCCCUCAGUGAAUCAGGUGCAAUCACUGACAACUCUUGUGAGUUUGUACAAGAAAUUUUGCGGCACAGAGGUGAUGCCAUUCUCCGAGAGUAUGAAUUGACUGGAGCACUUCAAGAUAAAACUAGACGGCAGAUGAUUAACCUUUUGGUAGCCCACAUGCAAGAACACUAUGGCAAACAUCCAAAAGCAGCUAUGAAAACCAAAUAUGCCAUGGGGAUAGUGAAUCUGUUUCCAAGACUCAAGGAUCCGUUUACUAGCACAGGUCAUGAAGCUUAUUUUGAUGCAAGAAGUAACACGGGAUUCCUGGCUGCUAGAAUAAAAAAUGUUAACCGCACAACAGAGGAGAAGACAUCCAACCCAUUACCCAAGCCAUCAAGCAGAGAUGGUGGUCCUGGGAAGGUCCGAGAAGGUGACCAAGAAUCUGCUCCAGGCUGCACCUAUGAUGAAGACCUCAACUGGUUACGACACUGUCCAACAUUAGAACGUGAUUCUACCCUGGUUGUUGAAAAGAUGAAAUCCACUUUUCCUGUUAGACAGCAUAUGGUCAGGGACGGACGCUCCGCAUCGGAUAUUUUGGAACAGUUUCCUUUUGAAACUGUUCCAGGUUUGAUUGAGGUAGAUUUUCGGAAACUUUUUCCUGAAAAUCACUCGCGUUUCCUGACCAAAUGGCCCGAGUUGAAGCCCAAGGUUGUUACACUUGCAAGACAACUUCUGAAGCAGAAAGGAAACUUGACAGUGAUGGAGCUUCUGUCAUCUUAUGACAGUUCUGAUCAAAAUAAAGAAGGAUGGAAUUCCAGCACAUCUGCUAUCCUCCUCCUCUUGUGCCUAUUGCCUCCUGCAAGCCAAGGGAAGUCCAAAGCUGCGUCAGCAAAAGUGUCCAUUUCUUCAGCUCUCUCGAGGGUUAUUCAAUUUCAGAAGACAGGAGGGAGUAUUCAAGCAUUCCUCGACAACACAAAAGAGACCAAGAGUCAACCGUUCCUUCUGGCAAUUGGCAAUUCCAAGGCCCGAAUCACCAACUACAUGAUCAUUGUGGAUCACAAGGCCAUUCCAUGUUCGGCACGCACGGUCGAAGCAGCAGUAGAUUUACUCUUCAAGACCCACUUUGUCUUUGGCCUGCAGUACUGCUUGUCUCUGCGGCAGUUCUGGACUUUUGUCCAGACUGCCAUUUUUGAAAUCGAUAUCGGAGUGUCCCGGGAAACACCAAGAGUACGUGAAAUUAGAUCGAAAUUGUUAGCACCAUGAUUUGCUUCAAAUGCCACAAACAGUUUGCAAUACCCAAAUUGGUUCAACAUUUGAGAUUGAAACAUGGAGUUAUUGAAGAUGGUAAAGAAGUAUUGACCUGUGGGCAGGGAGCUUGUGCGAGAACAUUUCAUACUUUUCGAGGAUUUCGGGGACAUUUGCAGACUCACCUUAAAACCGAUUUUCCAGAUAAUAAAGAGCAGUCUAAUGAAAAUGAUAAAGUGAGUGACUUUCCUGAAGAAAGUCUUGAAAGUCUUCAAGAAUACAAUAUUAAUAAUGAUGAGAUUGUUGAAGAUCAGGAUGUAUAUGAAGAUGACAUUUUAUCUGUAGAUACCUUGAACAGGCAGUGUGUAAAUGUAAUUUCAAAAUUUUCAGCAAAUAGUGCAAACUCUGGAAAAGUUGUAAAUGAUGUAGUAGAAACAACCAGUGCGAUUGUAGGUGAUGUAGUAAAAAGUGCAUCGGCAGCCGUUACAGCUGCUUUCUUAAAACAUAAGCUGCCUAUAGAAUCCGAGGCUUAUAAGGAGAUUCAAACACAUUUUGCUAUGCUUGAAAAGCCCUUUGAAAAUUUGAAUUCAGAAUAUAAGCGGACAAAGUAUUGUGAAUCAAUUGGACUUGUUGAACCACAAGAAAUCAAGUUAGGCAUCCGAUAUGAUAGUCGUCUCAAUAAAAGAACUAAGCAGUAUGAACAGAUUGCUAUUGAAGAUACAUUUGUUUACGUUCCCAUUUUAGAUUCUUUGAAGCAGCUUUUAAGCAAUAAAGAUAUAUUGCAUUUUGCUACUCAUGACCAUAAGAGCACAGAUGGUGUAAUGAGAGAUUAUUGUGAUGGUUCACAAUUUGAGAAAACCCCUCUUUUCCAUGAAGAUGAGAAUGCCCUCCAAAUUCACUGUUUUUAUGAUGAUUUCGAGACUGUGAACCCCAUUGGUUCAAAAACAAAAAUUCACAAGAUAGGUGCUUUAUA